GUCACUUCCGGGGCCGGCCCGGGGCGCGCUGCCAUCCCGGCCCACCGGCGGGGCGCGGGCGCUGCAGGGGCCGGCCCAGCCCGGCCGGUCGCGCAGCCAUGGCCCUGGUGGCGGUGGACAAGGGCUACCCCCGCUCUCCGCGGGGCGCCGUUAAGAUCGCCCGCACGCUGGUGGCGCUGGUCACCUUCAUCUGCUUCGCGGCCUCCCGCUCGCACGAGGCGUACACGGCGCUGGCCGCCAUGGAGGCGGCGAUCACGGCGCUGCUGUUCGUGCUGAACCUGCUGCAGCUGGACAGGAAGAUGAGCUGGUUCUUCUGGCCGCUGGCGGAUGUUUUAAACUCGGUGAUCGCAGCCUUGUUCCUGGUCGUUGUGUGCCUGUUGGCGAUAAGCAUCAAGACCAACAAUGGGACACUGGCUGGAGGAGUGCUUGGUCUUAUCUUGCUUGUUCUCUGUGUUGUUGAUGCAGUUCUUAUUUUCCGGAAGAUUAGUCUUGAUGAACCAAGAAGUACUACUGCAGCAAAAUAAGAUACCAUUUUAGUAAAAGAAAGAUUUCUCCAUUGAUGACCAUUUUACUGUGCUCUUUUAAAGAAUCUGAAUUUCAUGUGUUCACCUUUGAAUUUCCUGUGCAUUUAUGUACAUUUUUGCAAGUACUGUUUGUAAGUUUUCUUAGAUUUACAAAAGUAGUUUAGUGUUCCAAUUUCACCAGUAUGAUCUUCAGGGAAAAUUCUCCUGGUUUUCUAAACUUAAUUACAUUUGCACCCCUGUGAAAAUUAAUUAAUAAUUGCCUUUUUUUCUCUAAUAAAAAAAAAAAAAGAAAA